AUGGACGACUCUUCACUCAGAGAACUACAGGGUCUUGAUCUCGAACACCAAGGCGAAGUUAUCUCAUCUAUACCUCUCAAUCUCGCCUUUACGAGUUUUCUAAUUGAAAAUUUAUUUGCCUGGUUUUGGAUGAUUGGGAUUCAAUAUUUCCUUUUUAAAGUGUUACAUCAACAUCAACCUCAAAAUCGGGCUCGACAUCGAAAUGAAAAACCCCUCCGACCCUCACGCUCCUCACAUUGCGAAAAUCCCACAUCAGAAAUCCAAGCACCUUCUCCCAGCGAAUCCUACCUCCUCGUCACACUCUUCUGGCUCCUUCAUUCUCUCCUCAAUACCCUCCUAAUAUCUCUCCUAAAUACUUUCGUAUCUCUCCUCUCCACCCCCGAAACCAUACACACUUAUCUCGAAUGGCGUUCUACGAUCUACAAUCUCCACUACUGGGCCUUUAGCAUGGGUGACGAAUCUCCCAUUUACCGCUUUGCAAAACUUCUCGUGCUGGAAGUGAUAUUUUCUUGGUUUCUUUCGCAAGUAUCUCUAUGGGUGAUGGAUACGGUAAUUCCGUUUUGGGGGGAGCUACGACGAGAUUCUGAUUUUCGAGGAAUGUUGAGAAGCGUGGGGAGAAGGACGGGGGAGAUUUAUAAGUUCAUGUUUAUGAUCGAUUGGAGUCAUGAUUUUGAGUUUUCUCAAUCGUCGAAUGCGCAAUUACUAAAUGGUAGUGACGUAUCGACAUCACCCGAUGAAAACCACGACCAAAAGAAAGAACAAAUCAUCGAGCUAUCCCGCCAACGAAGCGAAAGUCUGAGUUCGGAAAAGGGCACUCAGGAGCGAAAAUUGGAUUGGAAGUUGAUUAUUGAUGCGUCGGCAUUGAAUGAGAUGAAGGAGAUGUUGGGGCCGGCGGGAGGCUUUGGGGAGUUGGGAUUUAGUGUGGCGAGGGAUCGAGUGUGUUUGGGGGCAGUGAGUAGGGGGUCGAGUUUUAUGGUUACGUUUGGGUUGGAGGGGGUGGAGGGGGGUGAUUGUGCGGCGGGUGCUACGGGGGACAAGGGUGGAGAUAGGGGGAAAGAGGAGAAGAGAGGGGAGAAGAGGGAGAGGAGGAGGGGAACGGAGAUUAGGAGGAGUGAUGGGAGGAUAUAA